AUGCAGCAGCUGCAGGCAGUUUUAGCACCAGAAGCAAGUGGGGAAGAAGAGAAGGUGCACCUGGUGUUGUCCAUGGAGGAUGGUCACAAACUGCAACAGGCUUUGCAACUUGUUCCGCCGCAGAGAAAAGUAAUCCUUGUCCAUAUCCACCGGCCGGCAAUGAUGAUCCCGAUCCCGACCUUGGGUGGUACGGUGCAUGCAAGCAUAUUGAAAGAUAAUAUUGUCAAGGGUUAUAGGGAUGAACAGAGGGAUCAGGCUCUCCAAGCCUUAGAGGGCUACAGGGAAAUCUGUACUAGAGCAGAGAUUCAAGCGGAGACGCUGAUGACCGAGAACGACUAUGUGUCAGCUGGGCUUCUGGGACUCAUUGCGGAACAUAAGAUCACCACACUGAUCAUCAUUGGUAUUGGCAAAAGUUGGGAACUAACUGGCUACCUGAAUUUGGUGAGAGACUCACAUGACAUGCACCAGGCAUUUCAAUCCAAAUGCACAGAGAUAGUGCGUAGGUGCCAGUUUAUUGGUGGCAUUGAUACGGUGCUCGGAGCAGACUCAGAGAGUUGCGGGGAGGACUACUGGAAGACCAUCAAGGCCUGGCCUGCAGCAUUUGAGCAUAUUGUCAGCGUUAUCAACAAAGUGCUGCAACCCCUUAAGCAGGACAGCUUUAAAUACAAUGGGCUCACACCCGAGAGGAUUUUACUAGUUGCAGAGAAACUUAUAGAUCGAUUUCUCAAAGUUGCGUCAGCUGUUACUGAGGUGAGGAAGUCACCAGAGAAGUUAUUCUGCACAUUAUACAUGUGCAGAGCAAUUGUUGAUUCAACUCCCUCUCUCAAGAAAGUUUUCCCUUCAGAUUUUCUCAGUAGAAUCGACAGCGUCCACACGGUACUGAAUGAUUCUGCCAGGGAAAUACUUCGAGAGUUUAAAAAGUUGAUCCAGAACUACAGCUCACAGAAGGUAGCACAGGACGGAAGCAUCUUACUGAUAACCGGGUACGUCAUGAGAUACAUCAGAAUGCUGAUAAAUCAUGCUGGCUCACUUGAUACCAUUUUGGACUAUGGUCAAAACAGCAACCUGUUUUUCUCAAAGGGGAACAGCGAUCAGCUGUUGUUUGAGGGAAUAAGCUUGACAGGUCAUCUGGAGAUCGAGCAUUCGGAUAUAAAGCUGAUCGUCGGAGCUGAGUGGCUUAAGCAGCGCAGGGAUGACUUUGAUAUGCACAUGAGGGAUUACAUGUCCUCGACAUGGGAACAGAUUUUCGAUUCUGCUUUCAAGGAAACCUGCAACUCUCAGAUGAACUGGAAGGUGCCGUGUCCAGUUCUUCGGUCCAAGCUCCGUGAUAGCAUCUCAGAGCAUGUUACUCAAGCCUACAAGGCAUAUUUGGAAACGCCGAAACAGUCUUCGGCGGGCGUUGGUAGGGAUUUUAAGAGCAAAGUUAGUGAACUGUUUGAAGGGUGA